AUGCUUGAAUUCACAUAUCACUGUCUACUAUCUUGCACUGUGCACACCAACUUCAGGGAUGUGAAUGUCACGUGGAUUGACAUUUUCAAGUGUAUUGAAGGUAGCCGGUGGCUGUCUAACUGCCCCCUGUCUGUCCUGAUUCUGCUGCUCUUGCUGUUUCUUCGGAGGAGAACCGUGGUCAAAGAGCCCUUACUGCCCCCGGAGGAUGACACCCGGGACAAUGUUUAUUACUAUGAUGAAGAAGGAGGCGGAGAAGAGGAUCAGGACUUUGACUUGAGCCAGUUGCACAGGGGCCUGGACGCUCGACCUGAAGUGACUCGUAACGAUGUCGCGCCAACCCUCAUGAGCGUUCCCCGGUACCUUCCCCGCCCUGCCAAUCCCGAUGAAAUUGGAAAUUUUAUUGAUGAAAAUCUGAAGGCGGCUGAUAGUGACCCCACGGCCCCACCUUAUGAUUCUCUGCUCGUGUUUGACUAUGAAGGAAGUGGUUCCGAAGCUGCUAGUCUGAGCUCCCUGAACUCCUCGGUCAAAGACCAGGACUAUGACUACUUGAACGAAUGGGGCAAUCGCUUCAAGAAGCUGGCAGACAUGUACGGAGGCGGCGAGGAUGACUAGGGGACUCGAGAGAGACGGGCCCUAGACCCGUGCGCUGGGAAAUGCAGAAAUCAUGUUGCUGGUGGUUUUUCAGUGCCCUUCUCUUGAGAUGAGUUUCUGGGAGAAAAAAAGACUGGUCAGUGAUGCAGUUAGUAUAGUUAGAAUUUCCACUUUAUAGCUCUCAUCGGUGUGUCUUAGGAAAGUUUUGACUUACUCCUAGAAGCUUUUUUCCCCCCCAUCUCUCUUUACAUGGUGGUGAUGUCCAAAAGAUACCCAAAUUUUAAUAUUCCAGAAGAACAACUUUAGUGUCAGAAGGUUCACCUAGCACCUUGCAGAUUUUCUUAAGGAAUUUUGUCUCACUUUUGAAAAGAAGGGGAAAAGUCAGCUAUUCUAGUUCUGUGGUUUUGUGUAUAUAAUUCUUUUUUUUAAUUUGUGUGCUUCCGCUCAUUGCUA